AUGACAGACUACUGGGUUUCAACGAAGAAACAUUAUUGCGAAGUUUGCAAGUGCUGGGUCUCAGGGCACCUACAGAACAUUACCAGACAUGAGUCGAGCAUAAGGCAUAUAUCCACAUUGAGAAAUAAAAUGAUGGAAUCGCACAGAAGAAAGACGCGCAAGAAAAAACAAGAUAAAUUCGAAGAAGACGAGAUGAAGAGGCUAAAUACGAUCACUUUGGAAAAUCCAGUGCCUGCAGAAAAUAAUAGUACUGUCCCAUUUGUGAAUGAUCUCUUCGCUUACCGUCCUUUGAUUCAACCCACCUUAGACUUUGAAGCGGAAAAGAAAAGGAUAGCAAAAACGAUAAAUAGAACACUAGCAGGAUACGAAGAGCCGGAACACGUGGAUUUGAACUAUAAUCCAACAAGAUGGAUAGCAACAAUAGACCAGGACGACGGCUCGCUGGUGUAUUACAACAAUUUGACAGGAAUUAGAACAAAAACAAGGCCCAAGGACUUUGACGGAGUGAUACCAUCGACAGCAGCACACUUGACAACGAACUGGACACUGAAGUUUGAUCCCUUCAAAGGCCGAAGGUAUUACCACAAUAUCAACACAGGAGAAAUAAGAUGGAUAGACGAAUCAAUAACGAAUGAAAUGCCGAUUCUACAGCAAUAUGGAACACAAGGUGAAAUCAUGAGAACACAAAAUAAAACGGACAACGGAUCAUACAUACAUUUUAACGUAAAAUGUGAACUGAAGAUGCCAGAGCCACAAAUACAAGUAAAAAUACAACAAAACGCAAAGACAGAUGAAACAGAAGAAGAUGAAAACAAACAAGAAGAAAAAUAUGAACCGCCAAACAAUGAACUGAACAACAUUAGCGGCCCACUAAUAGGACAAUGGGAAGUAGUGAACCCGAGAGAAAGCGUGUUCUCACAUUGGGUGGAAAAUACAGACAUAUUCGUAAGCCCAGAACAAACACACCACCUGCAAGGUAAGUCUAAAGUUGAAAUAAAAGGAGUAGAACAAAUGGUGGGAAACGACUACCAAGAGGAUCCAAUAGUCAGCCAGAGCACAGAAGAAGAUGAAAAAAAAGUAAGUAACGGUGAGUUGAGGAAGGUUCUGGGAAGCAGACCCAGCAAAGGGCAGGAAAACAAGCUGAAUAAGCUGAUAUCGUACGAUUCAAAAUAUAAUUUUAAAGAAUUUAACCUGAAGCACGUGGAGAACCUGCUCAACAUGGAUUUUGUAAGUCUAGCUCCACAGGAAUACAUAAGAAUCUUUAAACUGUUCAACAAAAAUAUGUAUUUUGAUGAAAGAAUAUACUAUUCGAUCUAUAGGUCUCUGUAUGAUAAAAUUCCAUACUUCGACUUCUACGAGCUCAUAAAAUUAAUGGAAUACAUCACACCAUUUGCAGAAUAUAAAGGAAAUAUGGACGAAAUGGAGGUUGAUAAGGUGUGUACAGAGAUUAAAGACGAAAUAUUGGAAACUGAGAGCCCAUAUAUUGUAAAAUAUGAUUAUAAAAGAGGCGAAUUGGAAAAAUUGCAAAAAGAUAUAGUGAAAGAAAUAACAAAUAUUAUAGAAAAUAGGAUAAAAUUUAAUUUAAACGUGGAAAGAGAUAAACAGUUUAAAAUAAAUUCAACCUGCUUGAAAUCGUUAAACAGACUAGGGUUUCUGAGUGAAUGGAAAGUGCAUAUGCGGUUGUCGGAAGAAAUAAUAAGCUAUGUUUUGAACAAAACAAGCUCUGGAGUCAAAGGGGACUCAGAAAAGUUGACUUUAAAUCAAGCACUGGAGUCAGUCAAUAGUGUUUGUGAUACAAUUUCACAAAAAUGCAUACACACAAUGUGUAAAAAAAUAAAAUCUAAUGAACAUAAAAUAAAACUUAAAAACGAGUGGGAUUUGAUAAAUUUUACAGUAGUUGAUAAUGUACAAUUGGCACUAAGAUAUUACUCAAAGGGAGACGUACAAAUACUAAAAUUUAUUGAAGACUACAGUGAAGAAGUGGAAAAGUGUGUGUUUGUUGACUUGAAAUCAGAAGAAAUAUGUGAAUUGAAUCAGGUGUGUAACCUUUGUGCGAAUCUUGGUGUUAUUUACAGUAGAUUUGUGCAAUGUUUGUCAAACAGUGACAUAGUCGGAGAUUUAGACUCGUUUUUAUGUGUACACUAUAAGAUUUUAUAUGCAUCUAAGUUUCUAAAAUCGAUUGACGAUGCCCUUUUAAAAAAUAAAAGUUCCAUGGGUGAUGUGUACACUCAGUUAAGAGAAUCGUCACUAACGUUUUUCGUUGAACACAAAAGCAGACUUUCUCCGAAGAAUCAGGGUAUUCUGAUGAGUUUGAUCUGUGAAUGCAAUGGCGGUAACAUCCGUGGAUUUGAUGACGAUAAAGAGGCGGGUACCGCCCCAAAAUCAAAACACGAAGAUGACACGGUUGCUGUUUUGAGAGGAGUGCACUUCAACUUAGCCAAAAGUGGAGAUUUUUCGAUGUUUGACUGCCUAAAUGUAAGGUCGGCGGCAGAAAUGGAAACACUGUAG